GCUGCACGCUAUAUGACAUUAUGUGCAAUUUCAAAUUUUGAAAUGGAUUUUAUUUUUUGUAUACUUACUAAAAUAAUUACUCCUUCGCACCUCCGUAUUUUUAAUAAGUAUUGUUAAGAGAUAUUACUUUAAUGAUGACUGGUGAAAAUGAACGUGGACUUCUGGAUGAUGUUCUCUCAAAGGGAAUACAACGUAAUGAAGAACAACGUAAGAUAUGGGCAAACUAUCGGCAAGGUCAUGAGAAAGUUGCAGAGGCGUUACUUACAUUUCGAAAAGAUUUAUCGGUAAAUUGUAUGGUACCGAUAGGGAGAGGAGCAUUGAUGAAAGGAAAGUUAAUUCAUACUAAUGAAGUGCUCGCUUGUCUUGGUGAUGGAUAUUUUGCCAAGUACAGUGCCGAAGGUGCAACAGCACUUUGUGAAAGAAGAAUAAAACAUGCUGAAGAAAUGUUAAAAAAUUUAAGCGGUGAAAGAGACUUGUACGAGACCAGAAUAAUGGCACUAGAGAAUGAUCUUUUCGGAGAUUGUGCUGGUAGUGAAAUUGUAGAACACUGGAACGAGGAGAAAAUUGAGGAAUGGAAAGUGAAACAUAGAGAGAGGGAGAAGGAAUACCAUCAGAAAUUAGCUAAACUUAAACAAGACGAAAAACCGAAAAUUGAAACAGAGGAGGAUCUGUUUCACAGACUUGAUCAGCUUGAACUAGAAGAGGAGUUAGCAGACGAAUUUAAUAGAUUGGAAGGUGAACACUAUGAACUUUUUGGGGAAGAGUUAGAAGAAUAUUCCUAUGAAUCAGGGAGUUCAUCUGAAAGUGAGGAAGAUGAUUCUGAAGAAGAGAGUCAACAGAACAAAAAAGAAGUAAAAGGGAAGCAGCAGGACAAGCAGGAAGAAAAAGAGAAACAAUAUAGCAAGGAAGAAGAAAAAAAGAAGCAACAGGAGAAAAAGGAAGGAAAAGAGAAGCAACAGGUCAAGAAAGAAGGAAAAGAGAAGCAACAGGACAAGAAGGACGAAGAAGAGCAGCAAUUAAAAAAUAAAAACGGAAAAGAAAAACAGCUAAAAGAAGAAGAAAAGGAAACGCCAUUGAAGAAUGAAGAAAAGUUUAAAGAGCAAGUUAAAAUUGAAGCUAUGAAGGUUAAAAAGUGUGUCUCAUUUGCAAAACUAGAUCAUGUAAAUAAACAGAAUGUUGAGCAAUCAACAGAGAAGGAAGAAGUCUCAGAGGAAGAUAUUCUUCGCAUAGAGUUUAGUCAUUCUAAGAACAUUCCAGUCACAAGGUCGGAAAGGGAUUCAAUUGAAACACCAGCAGACAUUUACAGAAUAUACUCGAAGCCUAAAUCGAUUUUAAAAAGAUCUCCGAAUGAUAUACCACCUAUUCGGGAUCCUCCACCAGAUUAUAGCACAGAGGAAGAAGAAGAUGUGUAUGAACAUAUCGACAAGCCUUCUACAUAUGAAUCAGUUGUAAGAGAUAUUAAGGAAAGAGAUACAACGAUAACAGUAGAAAAUGUUCCAAAUACAGGAAAAGAAACUCGUCCGAUUAGCAAAUUCAAACGAGAUCGCCAGCUGAAGAGAUAAAGAAUAGUGUUCUCAAUGCAAUUAAAAUAAAUAAAGAACUGUUUGUAAUAAGA